CAGCAGGAAGCGGCUCCUCCGUCAGGCCCCUCCCCAGCCAGCCUGCGCCCCUCCAUCCCGGCUCCAGUGCGCCUCUGCUCCGAUAAGGAAAUUGAUGCCCAAAGAAUCUGAAGCUGGCACAGCCAGGGAAGAACCGAGAUUCCCUGUUGGCUUCCUCCAUGGCAACUACCGCUUCCCAGAAUCCUGCCCACGGACUCUUUGAGAACUUUUUGCAGGCACAGCUAUGCAAGGAUGUGCUCAGCAGUUUCCAAGACCUCUGCAUGUGUCUGGGCCUGAAGCCUGGUGGGAGGCUGUCCUUGUAUCACAAGCUCAAGGCUGAGCUCAAUUACUGGAAUGCCAAGAGUCUGUGGGCCAAGCUGGAUAAGCGGGCCUCCCAUCCCGUUUAUGAGCAGGGGAAGGCCUGUGCCAGCACCCAGUGUCUGGUGGUAGGAGCCGGUCCCUGUGGACUUCGAACAGCUGUGGAACUGGCCCUGCUGGGUGCCCGAGUGGUGCUGGUGGAGAAGCGCACCAAAUUCUCCCGCCACAACGUACUCCACCUCUGGCCCUUUACCAUCCACGACCUGCGGGGGCUUGGUGCUAAGAAGUUCUACGGGCGCUUCUGCACAGGCACCCUGGACCACAUCAGUAUUCGGCAGCUUCAGCUGCUCCUCCUGAAGGUGGCUUUACUGCUAGGGGUGGAGAUUCACUGGGGGGUCACUUUCACAGGCCUCCUGCCCCCAUCUCAAAAAGGGAUUGGCUGGAGGGCACAGCUCCAACCCAACCCCUCUGACCAACUGGCCCAGUAUGAAUUUGAUGUUCUCAUCUCUGCUGCUGGCAGUAAAUUCAUCCCUGAAGGUUUCUCGGUCAGAGAACUGAGAGGUAAACUGGCCAUCGGUAUCACGGCCAACUUUGUGAAUGGACGCACGGUGGCUGAAACACAAGUGCCGGAGAUCAGCGGUGUGGCUAGAAUCUACAACCAGAGCUUCUUCCAGAACCUGUUCAAGGCCACAGGCAUUGACCUGGAAAACAUUGUUUACUACAAGGAUGAUACCCACUACUUUGUGAUGACUGCCAAGAAGCAGAGUCUCCUUCGGCUGGGAGUGCUUCGUCAGGACUUUGCGGACACAGAUCAGCUCCUGAGCAGUGACAACAUAGUACCCGAGGCCCUACACCGCUUUGCUCGUGAUGCUGCUGACUUUGCCACCCAUGGCAAGCUAGGUAACCCGGAGUUUGCCUGUGAUGCCCGUGGCCGGCCCGACGUCGCCGCCUUCGACUUCACAAGCAUGACAAGGGCAGAGAGUGCUUCACGAGUACAAGAGAAACAUGGGGCUCGAGUACUGCUGGAGCUAGUGGGCGACUGCCUGGUGGAGCCCUUUUGGCCACUGGGCACAGGUGUGGCCCGUGGCUUCUUGGCAGCUUUUGAUGCAGCUUGGACGGUGAAGAUGUGGGCAGGGGGUUCUCAGCCCCUAGAUGUUCUGGCAGAGAGGGAGAGCUUGUACCAGCUCUUAUCACAGACCUCCCCUGAAAAUAUGCAUCGAAAUAUAGCCCAGUAUACCCUAGACCCAGCUUCCCGAUAUCCCAACUUGAAUAUCCGCUCUGUGAGUCCCCAGCAGGUAGAAGAUCUUUAUGACGUAGGGGGCAAGGACCUGGAGCGGAAGAAGAAUGAUCAGACUGAUUCUGCCAAGCCUCCUGCUCCUGGACCAGCGGGCACCCAGGAGGAGCUGCUCUUGUGGUGCCAGAAGCAGACGGCUGGAUACCCGGGGGUUCAGGUGACGGACUUCUCAUCCUCUUGGGUCGACGGUCGGGCCCUUUGUGCUUUGGUGCACCGCCUCCGACCCAAUCUGCUUGACUUCUCAAGCCUGCAAGGGGCUGGAGCUCUGGAGACCACAGCCCUGGCAGUAAAGCUGGCUGAACAAGAGUUGGGUAUUUCACCAGUGAUCCCUCCACAAGUGCUAGUGGCUGGAACUGAUCCAUUGGGCCUCAUUGCCUACCUCACCCAUUUCUACAGCGCCUUUGGAAAGGCUCCUCCUAGCCCAGGUCCUGUCAGCCCCCUAUCUGGCGGGACUUCGAGAGCUGUUCUGUUCCUGAGCAAAUUGCAGAAGACUCUACAAAGGAAUCGUUCCCAGGAGAAUGGAGAAGAUAGUGGCGGCAAAAAGCCUCGUUUAGAGACUGACUCCAAGAUGCCAAAUCCCACUGAUCCCACCCUCCUGAAGCCGGGAGCUCCGCUGAACCCUGUGCCAGCUGACCUGGAGGCGGAGGCCGGCGACUUGUGCUCAUUGUGUGGGGAGCGUCUCUACAUCGUGGAGCGAAUCUGUGCUGAUGGCCGCUUCUUCCACCGAAGCUGCUUCCACUGCCACAGCUGUGAGGCCCCACUGUGGCCAGAAGGCUACCGGCAGCACCCCGGGGAUGGCCACUUCUACUGCCUCCUACACUUCCCUCAGUCUGACAGCAUAGAUGUCUGUGAUGGGGCCCCCAAAGAUCAGGAACCCUCCAGGAAGGAUGAAGAAAAAGAGGAUGCGGCAGUGUCCCCCCGGACACCAGCAGCCCCUGAGGAGAUGGAAGGUCCUCCCAAGCUGCCUUCAAGAAAACUGAUCAGACUCUCCAGCCCCGAGCGCCGUUCUCUAUCAUCACUUAACUUCAACCCAGAUGCGGAGAUGGAGGGGCCCCCCAAACCUCCCCGAAGCUGUUCUGCCUUGGCCCGCCAGGCCCUCGAGGGCAGCUUCACAGGCUGGGGAACGCCUGGGCAGAGGAUACCACAAACCUUGCUUUCUUCCCCGCCAGGGCUCCUUGAACCCGUUGCUCCAGAUGUGGAGGAGGAGGAAGAUGAGGGAAUCUCUUCUAGUGAGGAGGAAGAAGUGGGGGAAGAAGACCUGGUUUUAACCUCCGAUGUAGAAAAGACCUUAUUGAACUUUGCCAAGAAAUCGGGCACCAUGGAGAAGUACCCAAUGUGGAGGCAAACGUUGUUGCGGAGAGCCAAAGAGGCAGAGAUGAAAAGGUUCUGCAAAGCCCAGACCGUUCAGCGGCGUCUUGAUGAGAUUGAAGUUACCCUUCGAAAAUUGGAAGAGGAGGGCAGGAAACUUGAGUCUGAUCUAAGAGAAAAAAAUAGCUCCCCUGAAGAGGAGAAGAAACUAUGGGUAGAAAAACUGCUUGACCUUGUUCAGAAGAAGAACAAUUUGGUGGCAGAGGAAGCUGACCUUAUGAUCACGUUCCAGGAGCUGGAGUUAGAAGAGCAGCAGUGGUUGCUGGACCAGGAACUGAGAAGCUACAUGGACAGGAAAGAGACCCUAAAGACAGCCAUGGAGAAGCAGACUGAAGAACAAAUGUUGAAGAAGCUGCUGGAUGUGGUGAAACAGAGAGAUGCCCUGAUCCACUUCCGUGAACAGUGUCGCCAAUAUGACUUGACAGAGGGGGCAGGAGACCAAGGCUGAGGAUGUCCCUGCUGCUGCCUUCAAUGCCAAAUUCCUUUACAGUGCCACUUGGGUCCCAGCUCUGGAUUCCACCCACUGGCCAUGAUCAACUGGGCCCCACAGAAUACCCACCCAGUGUUACCAAUAAAGGUCCAUUAGACACACGA